AGGACGACGAGGACGAAGAGGACACAGGGUUAGAGGUCGAGGUUAUUGUACUGGCGGAUUCGAGUUGGGAGUAUACAACGCACGUGGGAACCUGGAGGACGGAGGAUAAUCGUCGGGUGGCGCAGAAAUGAAGUCGCAGUCGAGCCUCGAGGUGCCCAAGCAGGUCAGGUCAGCCUCCUUCGACGAGAUUCAGCUGGAGGCCAAGCGACACGACGAGGCCAAGGAGCGCGAGAAAGGUGGUAGGAUGAUGGAUCUCAGGGCGUCCUCGUCUUCGUCCUCAUCGUGCUCGUCGGCCAGGUCCCAGCAGGAGCAAACUGGAGCUGUAAGGAGAUUCACCACCCUGAGAGUGCCGCAGCUCCAGAGUGGUCAGCGCUCCAAGAGUUUCGACGCCUGUGGUAGCGACAGGAGGUCCACUUCCGGUAGCGCUAGUUCUACACCCACGAUUCAACUAUCGGGGUGCUAUCAUUGCGCCUGCGUCGAGGAGUACAGGAGUCUUCACGCGAAGAAGGACGACGCCGGCGAGUCACCCUCAGGUUCAUCCCGAGAAGACGGUGACGAGGAGGAUGCGGAAGACCUUGACGCGGAGGGAUACGAGGAGACCGACUUCGAGGAUGAGGACGAGGAAGGAAGUGGGGAGUCGAAGAGAGACACCAGUCCUGAGAUUCGAGUGACCUUAACGUCCACGGACAAGCCUCGGUCACCCGCUACCUCGGAUAACGAUAUUCCCAAUGAGACCCACUGUCAGCAAAGAAGACGCUCCAUAGCGUCGCCGAAGCUCGCUCGGCAGGAAGCUUUGACCUCGUAUCCCGUGGAGCUACCGGCAAUCUUUGGCUCGGCGGAUGACGAAGACGAGGAGGAGGAGGAUGACGAGGAAGAAGAUAAUACCGCUGGCGGUAAAAGUAAACUCGUCGUUAGAGACAUCUUUCUAACCGUACCGGAACUCAAGAGAGAUCGUGCCGCUUCCGUUGACUCAUGCUUCAAUAAUAACAAGGCUGACAAGAAUGACAAUCAUGACUCCCUCGCGGUGCCCCAACAGAGUACCAGGUCGAAGAGCGUCGAUAUUGUUCUCCCUACCGAUGCUCAAACAAGAUACACUGCACUCUUACCCUCGAGCGACUCUCAUUCCAUACGAGGAGGAAGAGAGGAGACUGGUCCAAGUGGAAGCCAACGAGAGCCGAGAUCAACACCAGACUGGGGACCAGGUGCCCUAAAUGGAGAACAUCUUUGGGUGCCAACAGCAGCUUCUGGAGACUUCUGUUAUGUCAACGACUGUUCCAAACAUGGACCACGUCUCAAGUGCGCAGCGUGCCGAGUGGUCGCCCACGCCUGCUGUGCCGGGACGUUGGGCUUUGCCUGCAAGCCGAGUUUUCGUGACGUCGGGGUGCGGCAAUACAGGGAGCAGACUUCAACUCAUCAUCACUGGGUGCAUCGUAGAUCGCAAAAAGGCAAAUGCGCAAACUGCGGAAAGUCCUUCCAGUCAAAGUUGAGCUUCUCGUCGAAGGAAAUCAUCGCUCUGAGCUGCAGCUGGUGCAAGGCUGCCUAUCAUAACAAAGAGGCUUGCUUCAAUAUCCAAAAAAUUGGUGAAAACUGUGAGCUUGGCAGUCACUCUUCCAUCAUCGUACCGCCAUCUUGGAUUGUCAAACUUCCUCGCAAGGGUAGCUUCAAGAGCAGUUUAAGAAAGUCGCCCAGGAAAAAGAAAUCGGGUGGUACUUUAGCUGGUACUUCCAGUAGGAGGAAGGUCAAGGAGAAGGACAAGGAAAAGGAUGAGAAGGAUCAUGGAAAGUUAUGGGUCGUCAAGCCUAUUCCUACAGUGACGGUAAAACCGGUUCUGGUAUUCAUUAAUCCUAAAUCCGGUGGUAACCAGGGUGCUAAACUCCUGCAGAAGUUCCAGUGGUUACUCAAUCCUAGACAGGUUUUUGAUCUUACUCAAGGUGGACCUAAGAUGGGAUUGGAGCUUUUUAAAAAGACACCUAAUCUAAGGGUCCUUGCCUGUGGAGGAGACGGUACUGUAGGUUGGGUCCUGUCGAUCCUGGAUCAAAUUGGCGUCUCACCACCACCUGCAGUAGGUGUACUCCCGCUUGGUACAGGAAACGAUCUUGCCAGGGCUUUAGGAUGGGGUGGUGGCUACACGGAUGAACCCAUAGCAAAGAUCCUGACAAACAUUGGCGACAGUGAUACUACUCUUCUGGACAGGUGGCAACUGACAGUAGAAAGAAAUCCCGACGCCCCCAAUGACGAUGAUGCCGGCAAGGGAAAAGAGAAUCUUCCUCUGAACGUGGUCAAUAAUUAUUUCUCGUUAGGGGUCGAUGCGCACAUCGCUCUGGAGUUUCACGAGGCCAGAGAGGCUCAUCCAGAAAAAUUUAACUCGCGGCUGAGGAAUAAAAUGUUCUAUGGUCAAAUGGGCGGCAAAGAUUUGGUUAGACGGAAGUGGAAGGAUCUCUCAGAAUUUGUGACUCUUGACUGCGACGGUCAAGAUUUAACACCAAAAUUAAAAGAACAUCGGGUACACGCUAUUGUCUUUUUAAACAUCGCUUCCUACGGUGGUGGUACUCAUCCAUGGGGUGCUGGUAGCGGAAGUAAAGAACCAGCUACCGACGAUGGCCUCAUUGAAGUUGUUGGUUUGACAACAUACCAAUUGCCUUUACUCCAAGCUGGUGGUCAUGGCACAUGCAUAGCUCAGUGUAGUAAGGCCAAACUUAUUACAACAAGAACCAUUCCAAUGCAGGUCGACGGGGAAGCCUGCCGUUUAUUACCCUCAAUAAUAACCAUGAACUUGCUAAAUCAAGCGACGAUGCUGGCGAAACGUAGAAACACUAGUAAACCUCUCCAAAAUGUAGGAGCCAAAUUGGAGAGGUUAAAGUUGCCAGUUAUGAGGAUCAAAAUGUCGGACUAUGAGAAUUAUCACUCCGAUAAAGACAGACUGAAGAAGGCUGCUGAAUCCUGGCUUCAGGAACCUUUGGAUCUGGAUGCUACAUCGGAUCUUGAAUCUCUCAGGGCGAUCCUGAGUAAAGAACAUCCGAUGGACACUUGUUGCUUCUUGGAUUCCUGCACAGCAGAAAGAUUCUUCAGGAUAGACAGAGCUCAAGAACAGCUACACUUUGUGACUGACGUGGCCGCCGACGCAAUCUAUGUCCUCGAGGAAGGUUCCUCUGCACCAACUUCGACGGAUGCUGAUACAGGGAACAACAAGGAGGAACCGGAAACAGCUCAACCUUCUCCAAGCAGUGAGGAAUCGGCCCGGACGGUACCGACUGUCUCGGAGAAGACCCAGGAAGUCAGCAACCCUGUAGCAGAUCAAAAACCGGAAAGGCAGACGUCGCGUAAGUCUGAAGCAUUGGCCAAGGAGAAACCUGAGGAAUCAAGGAAGUCCACAGAAAUAGAACCACUGUCGAGGACGCAGGACUUGAAUGAGGAUCAACUUCAAAAGGAAAUGGCCAAGCAGAGUUCUUCUAAAUCAGCCUCCUCGACGGUGGCUGGUCAAUCUCAUCAGCAGACAUCAUUGGCAUUCAUCAGUCCUCGUGACAGACUCUUCAGCCUCAGUUCAGAAGUUCAUACGUUUAGUAGUGGCCUCUUGGAGAAGACCUGUGACGGGAUCCUGAAGGCAGCAAAGAUUGGUGACCUUCCAGCCCUGAAGGAGUUGCACGAGAGAGGAUAUUCCCUGCUGUCGAUCGACGCAAAUGGACAAACGGCGUUACACCUGGCAUCCAGGUACGGGCACAAGGACAUCGUCAGGUACCUGAUAGCCUGCGCGCCACCGACUAUUUUAAACAUGGUCGACAAUGACAAAGGUCAAACGGCACUGCACAAGGCUGCCCAACAGAAACGCAGGUCAAUCUGCUGCAUGCUGGUAGCUGGUGGCGCAAUGCUGACAGUACAAGAUCGUCAUGGUAAUACACCACGUCAAUUAGCACUGAUAGCAGAGGACAGAGAUCUUGCCGCAUACCUCCACAGUCAGGAACAGUUCCAGCUAGUCACGGAGGAUAUGGAGAGCGUUCUCUGACCCAUUGCGGUGCACGUAAAGGCGUAGAGACAAGUCAAGAGGAAAAAGAAAAAGAAUAAAAAUAGAAAAAGUAAAAUGGGUGAGAGAGAAAAAGAGCAGAUAAAAUAUAUAUACACAUUAAUAAUAUAUAACAUAGCAUCGGCGAGAGCAACUCACCAAAUUACGAUGCAAUUUUACUUUUCAAAUUCGUAAGAUUUCGUCGACGACAAUCCAAAUCGAGCGUCGCAACGACUUCUAGAGUGAUAAUCACAUUUUUUCGUAUUAUAAUAUUUACAUUAGAGAUUUUCGGCCCAGCUCGACAAACCUCGUACUCUCUUUUUACACGGUUACCGGCAAAUUCUCCGGGAUUCCGUUUUGUUCUCUCGUAUCAAUUUUCAAUUGCUAUAUCACAUACGUAUAGUUCAUUCAUUAUAAACGUUAUCAAGAGAACCUACGUGUGAUGAUAAGGGAGUAGGAAUUUAAUCCAUUCGAUUUUUCACGGCUUUGUACUUAUAACGUUGCUAAGCUCUACAAGGACCAUUGGAAAAGAAGAGGGAGAGAAAUCAAUUCAAUCAAUAUAGGGCGAGCUACCCAUUUACCGGUGAACAAAAUAAAACUGAAUAAAAGACAAGGGAUCGAUCAAAUCGAAGACAAAAGAGUAAUGAGGUCAGGCUUAUCAAAAUCUAAUCGUUUACGUUAUAUAGAAACAAAAGGGAUGACACACUCGAGCAUAAAAUUAUAGAUUUGAGAUUCUAUAUAUAAAAUAUAUAUAUGACUAGAGACGGUUUUUACGUCGGGACAAGUAUUAUUAUUAUCUCGUUAUCAUAAUCUUACUCUAUUUGAAAAUGGCGCGCGUGUCAAUAACAAUUUAAAGUGUUGCCGAGAAAGCUGCGUAUAUCUAUUUAGUCGUUACGAAAUUAUAUUCGGUACCAAAUGAAAAGGGGAUCAACGUACGAACACCAAUUAGUUCUUAGAGGCGGUCUAUUACUACUGUUACUACUACUAUUACUACUACUACUACCGCUACUAUUACUAUUACUGAUACUACUACUAUUACUAAUACUAUACUACUGCUACUGCUAUCCAUCUUCCAACUAUCUGCUGUCGUAUAAGCGAUCCACUGUGCAGAGAGCAGAAAGACCCUAGGUAUUUUCAAGGUCAGGCCAAAGAAAAAUAUUUUAAAAUUAAAACAGAUUAAAGGAGAGAGAGAGGAGGAUGAUGAGCAAGGAACAUUGAAGGAUGAUAAGAUAAAACGAAGAUAAUGUAACGAUAGACAAUUUAUAUACAAUAUUACAAAAUUAUUGACAAUUAUUUUAAAAGAAGGCUUCGAGCCAUUUUCUCAGAGGAGAAAGUACUUUUUUCGGGGGACGAUAUUACAUUAGAUUCUUUAAUGACCUAAAUGAGGAUGUUUUAGUCUGAAGCCUGUAUUCGGUACGUCUAGUGACGCGAAUCAAUAUUGAUGUCGGUUUGAUAAAGGAAAUAGGAGUUUACGAAUUUUUCAAACAAAAAAAAGAAAGAAAAAGAAAACAUACAAGGAAAUCAAUGAUACCAGCAUAUUGUAUCGUUAGUUGCGAAUUGGCAUUGAAUUAAUAUGAUUAUUAUGUUAUACUAUAGUAUAUUAUAUUAUAUAUAUAUACAUACGUAACAUAUGUAUAUCUAUAUCGCAUCGUAUCGUAUUACGUAUUUGGAUACAUUAUGGAGAGUUUAAUGCGAAACGUCAGUGGCGUGUUCAUGGAAUUUUUUCAAGAGAGCAUCGAUUCCCGGAGAGAAACAAAACGAAAGAUAACAAAACAACAUAAUGGUAAAACAUUAAGGCGAAAUUCCAAGUAAACACCGUCGCGACGCUUUCGCUCUAUAAAAAGUAUAUAUAUCAUAUAUUAAAAUUAGAGUCUUACUAAAGAAUUUUUGGAGUACGAGUACUUAACGAAAAUGCCUUCUACGGUCCACACUAAUAAUUAGCUAAAAAGAGAAAAGAAAGGGAAAGACUAAAGA